ACACACACACACACACAUACAUACAUACAUACAGACAGACAGACAUACAGACAGACAGACAGACAGCCAUGGCCAUUCUCAACUCCUGCUGUUGUUGGAAGUCUGUGCGGAGAGGAAGUUACGCCGUGGCUGUGUAUUCUGUGGUAUACAACAUGGUGCUGUUCUCCUACCUGUGGCCGGAAACACACCUGACCUCACCACCUGCGGACUACCCGGCCAACAGCGUGAUAGUACCCGAGGAAAAGAAGAGGCAGGAACAUCAUACAGUCCUAGCACACCUGAGCCGGGCAAUGUUCGUGCUCUCCCUGGCUGGUCUGCUCGCCUGCCUUCUCCUCUUCAUUGGCCUGUGUAAGGACCGGCCGUGGCUGCUCCUGCCGUGGAUCGUGGUGGCUGUGCUGGUGAUCCUGGUGGACGUGAUCUUCGUCAACUACAUCCUCUGGCAGAACAAGGUCAACCCAGUGGUGGCAAUUACGUUCACAGUGGACUUCUUCUUCCUGGUCCUGAACGUAAACAUCACAGCAACACCAAAACUUGACCUAUUGGCGCGGAUUUGGCCGUAG